AUGUCUGCUGCAUCCAAAGCUACCGCCUCCGACACGGAGCGCAACCACACGUACGAUGGCUCCGGCAUCGAGGAGGACCCGUUCAUCGUGGAAUUCCACAAAGACGACCCAGGCAACCCUAUGAACUGGGGCGAGUUUCGCAAAUGGUGGAUUGCGACUAUCGUGACGUUUUCUGUCUUUGCUGUCACUUUCACCUCCUCUGCGUACUCGGUUUCCGCCGAACAGGUCUUGCAGAACUUUGAUAUCAGCACAGAGGUCUUUACCUUGGGUCUUUCGCUGUUUGUCCUGGGGUCCGAGCUGUACGGAAGACAACCCCUCUGGAUCAUAACGCACAUUGCCAUGGUCGCCUUCCUAGGCGGCUCAGCCGGUAGCCAAAACAUUGCGACACUGCUCAUCCUGCGCUUCUUCGCUGGUACCUUUGGUGGCUCGCCGCUCGUCAACUCCGGGGGCACCAUCGCUGACAUCUUCCCGCCUGCCCAGCGCGGCCUCGCCCUGACCAUCUACUGCGUCGCGCCCUUUCUCGGUCCCAUUCUGGGCCCCAUCAUCGGCGGCUUCGUCUCGCAGAGCGCCGGGUGGCGGUGGGUACAGGGUCUCUGCACCAUUUUCAUUGGCGUGGUGGGGAUCCUCGGCGUCAUCUUCGUGCCCGAGACAUACGGCCCUGUCCUCCUGCAGCGGCGCGCAGCGAAACUCGCACAGACGGACGGGAAAAUCUAUGUGAGCGUGCUGGAAAAGAACCAGGGCAAGAAGAAACCAAGCGAAGUGUUCCAGCGCGCGCUCUUCCGGCCCUGGAUCUUCCUCUUCCUCGAGCCCAUCGUCCUCAUCGCCUCGCUCUACAUGGCCGUCAUCUACGGGACCGUCUACAUGUUCAUGGGCGCCAUGCCAAUCGUCUACAACGAGCACCGCGGCUGGAGCGCGGGGAUCGGCGGACUCUCCUUCCUCGGUAUCAUGGUCGGGAUCAUCCUGGGACUGCUCUACGCAAUCUGGGAUAACAACCGGCGAUACACGAAACUCUUCAAGAAAUCCAUGGCGACUACGCACCUCCCCCCCGACGCAGAAGCCCGCCUCCCACCAGCCAUAAUCGGCGGAGUCGCCCUCCCGAUCGGCAUGUUCGCCUUUGCCUGGACAAACGCGCCCAGCAUCCACUGGUCUGUCAGCAUCAUCCUCAGUUCCCCCUUCGGUUUCGGCUGCGUUUUGGUCAUCCUUCCCAUAAUGAACUACCUGAUCGACAGCUACACGAUCUACGCGGCGUCGGUGCUCGCCGCCGCCGCGAUCUUCCGGUCGAUUGUCGGCGCCGUGUUCCCGCUCUUCACGGCGCAGAUGUACCAUAAUCUAGGCAUCCACUGGGCGAGUUCGGUCCCGGCGUUUCUGACCCUCCUCUGUGCGCCGUUCCCGCUGGUCAUGUACCGGUAUGGAAAGGCUGUGCGCAUGAAGUGCAAGUACUCGCACGAGGCCGCUGAGAUGUUUCGGAAGAUGUUGCUGCAGCAGGCGGGGGCUGCGGCGGGUGCGGAGGGAGAAAAGGACAAAGAGAUCGGGCGAGAGCAGAGGCCGACGGCCAACGAUGGGGCGGGCAAGGAUUCCAGUUCGGAAUGACUCGGCUCGGGGCGUAUGUGGCUGUGGGUAGAAGGUGUUGCUGGGCUGUGGCGGAGGUGGGAUCUGGUCGUGGAGCAGGGACACCUUGUUUGACAUGGCAGAGCAGGGUAGGUUCCAUUCAGCGCGGCGGAGUUGAAAUUACUCUGGGUGAUGGAUCGCUCCAGAACCAGGGAAACUUUUGUAACUAGACGGUCUUGUGGAAAAGGGUUUGAUUUGUGAGGGAACUUGUGCCUGCGAAGCG